UUUUUGUCGCCGCGAAUGCCGGCUAGAUUUAGUGUGGCGCUCUUUGUUGUGAUGCUCGGGAAAAAGUGUAACAUCGCAAGGAGUUUCGUUCGUUAAAGUGGGACGAACCUCAAGGAACGUUGGGCGGACUCAUCUGAACGUCACGUUGGAUACUACACUGUGUGUAUAGUGCUCUAAACUGCAGUGCUUACCGCCGGCGACAACCUUAGGCGCCAACCGUACGUUUGGAAGCGCGACGAAGCUUCGUAACCUACCUCCAGGCGGGUCUUGAAUGACAACCAGGUGGAACGGCGGGAGGCGACCGGCAGACUCCGAGGGCCUCACGUGCGGGUGCUAGACUACAGCUGGACACAGAUUAAGACAAGCCCGACGAAGAUGAACUUAUCCUGACCCCCGCCGGGCCCCAUUGGAGGGAAAAGAAGAACUUCAUAGCGAGAACGCUGGCGUCAAAAGCCGGAACGGCCAAGCCGCGAUCCGCGGAGAGCGCGCCUCCGCCGCUGCCGAGCGCCGCUGCCGCAGUCGACCCGAUGGCCACGCUGCAGCUGGAGCAGCUGUUCCGCGCGUGUGACACUCGGGGCACGGGAUACCUGGACCGCGAGGAGCUGCGCAAGCUGUGCCACCGGUUCAGCAUCAGCAGCCAGGACGCCGACGCCAUAUUCGAGGACCUGGACCACGACGACGACGGACGGAUAGACUUCCACGACUUCGAGAAGGGCUUCCGGGACUUCCUAACCCAGCUUCCGGGGGGCGACACGCCGCCGGAAUCGGAAACGGCGGAUGAUGCUGCCGCCGGCGGGUCCUCCGGUGCCAACGCGAGGGCUCCGCGACCCUCGGAACUGCAGAAGGCGUUGCGCAGGGCCUCCACCAUCGAGUAUCGCCGGGACUCCGUGAUCAACGGUGGCGACGAGAAUGCGAAGUUGUGGAACACGCAGCGCGCUUGGGGCAACCUGACCACCGAGCUUGCGAAGUCGGGGAACGUCAUCAAGAAACAUUCGCCGACAACCUACCGACGAGAUUUCUUAUAUAGCGAGGAGACGCUCAACGACUUGUACAAGGAACUUCAGCGUAGCGAGAAGCCGCAGGUCGUGGAGCGUUUCGAGGACGUCAUCGCCGAUCUGCUGGACAACAUGAAGCGGCUUCAGGAGGAGAACAAUCAGUUGGAAAACACAUGGCUCAAGGAGAAGAAGGAGCACGAAGAACACUUACGACGCAUGGAGGAAGAAAUGGACAACCAAGUCAAGCUUGUGGAACUGCAAGCCAAAGCCAAGGUGGAGGAGGAAGUCGAGGCGAAGAGGAGGACGCUUCAGGCCAAGAUGAGCGAGGAGAUGAACGAACUGCAGUCGCACGUCUCGCUCUUCGAAAAGGUCGAGCAGUGGCUGCGGGCGAACGAGACGCACGACCGCAAGCUGACUUCGGUGCACUCGAAGCUGGACGAGGCGCUGCAGGAGAACCGGCAGUUGCGGCUAAGCCUCAUGGACACGCAAAACAACGUGGCGCUGACCCGCAGCGAGCUGGCCCAGAUACGAUCUCAGUACGAAGACAAGUGCAAAGCCCUGUACGACGAACGGGAGCGCAUCAUGGGUGUAUUGCAGGAGCAGGGACUCGCCAGCAAGCAGCUUCAGCAUCUUCAAGAAGCCAACAGAAAGUUGCAAGACACCAAUGACAUCUUGCGGAGCGUCUUGGAGAAAGCCGAAGCCGAGAAGACGCACACUCCUGACUUGGUGAGACAAGAGUCGGUACUUUCUGACUACUUUGGCGACGCUGCCUUCAUGCCACCCAUGAGAAAGCGAAGGCCUCUCGGCGACCGGAGGCCCCUCUUCGACCCCGAAGAAGAGGAGCGCGCCUCGGCCAUCUGGUCGACGAGGGCCCCUUCCGUGGACCAGCACCCCGUGCUGGACCGCAUCGAGAGCGAAGACGAGCCCCACGUGGUCGACCACAACCACCGCGAUCAAGAGGAGCUGCACUCGCUGGAGCGUCAGGGGCAGCACCCGAAGCCGCAGCCGAAGGAGAGCGGAGACGAAGCGGCCGCCAUGAUGGCGGCGGCAGGCCACUUGCAGCCGCCAGCUGCCGCAACGGCGACCGCGCUCGCCGAGGAAGCAGACGAUGUCCUGGUGGGAUUGCCCGGCGUACACGUUCUCGGGUGGCGGCGUGAGCCGCUUGGCUUCCCACAAAGGAUUCAUGUCCCGGGGCCCUGGCAAUACAGCGGCCUAUCGACCCUGCGUUCUGCAGCCGCCCUGGACUCGGCCGAAGAAGGCCGCCAGACUGACUACAGUACUCCCCUCCCGUCGCUGUCUUCAGAGACCGUAUCGCUUCGCAACCGGUCCUUGUCAUCGGCGACGCCGUCGCUGCACGACCACGAAGACAGCCUGGACUCCAAUCCAGCAGGUGGCCUGGCCACUGCGUCUACGACCACGACGUGCGGAAGCGCUCACAGCAACGGGUCGGUGCUCACGUCUAGGCCUCCGCUGCCCGUGAGGAGCACGAGUAAGGCUAGCGACCGCAGCGUGCAGUCAUUGCCGCCGUCGUUCGGCGAGUCCGCGUCCAAGGCGUCGUCGUCGUCUUCGGGAAACGGCAUGGAAACCAGCGCGCCCGGUGCGGGUGCGUCCAUAAGCAGCGAGAGCGGCAUCGGAAGCCGGAACACGUGGUGCAGCAUGGAGAGUAUCGAUGACUCGCCGAAGCCGAUGACCCGGGGAAAUCUAUCUUCUAGGAGGAUUAGUGAAAUCAAACGGCAACUAGGUGUCGACCCAAGUACCGCGAAGUACCACCGUCGAGCUCCCAGCCCGUCCGGUUCGUGCCAAAGCGUCAACAUCGCUCCUUCGCCGAGCGCUCUCAAGACGAGGCGGCAGAGGUCGCUGUCUCCCCAGAGGUCGGGAGUCCCUCCCGUCCCUCUUCCGAGGUCCAGGGUCACCUCUCCGGAGCCCAAGCCCGUGCCGCGGCGCCACCUGUCGAGACAGGACACGCCGGCGAAGUCGACCGACGAGCCCGACCAGGACAAGCCGCGCGACGACGGCUACGUCGAAGACCACAGGAGGAACUCGGUGGCGCAGAUGAAGGUCUCCGACCAGGAGACUCGGUGUAGCCGCAGGAUCUCUUCCGGCUCCACGUGCUCCGCCGAUAGGUCCAUCGGCGGCUUCACUGACUGCACGGGCCCGCCGGAGCACACGUUCAGGGUGGUGUUCGUCGGCGACGCGGCCGUGGGCAAGUCUUCGUUCAUCAUGAGACUGAGCAGGGGCAUCUUCAUGCCGCAGCUCACCUCCACGCUUGGGGUCGACUUCCAGACGAAAAACAUCUGCAUCGACAACAAGAACGUUAGUCUGCAGCUGUGGGACACAGCCGGCCAGGAAAGGUUCCGGUGCAUAACGCAGUCGUACUUCCGCAAGGCUGACGGCGUCAUGCUCAUGUACGACUGCACGAACGAACAGUCGUUUCUCAACGUGAGGCAAUGGAUGUCUGACCUUGAGGAGGUGGCGUCCCGCGGAAUCCCCAUCAUGUUGGUUUCCAACAAGACCGACAUGCGGGACAUUUUCAAAAUGCAGAGCAAACCCGUCGUGGAGAGAGAAAAUGGGGAAAAGAUCGCGCAAGAAAUGAAAGCUAUCUUUGUGGAGACAAGUGCCAAAGACGGGUCGAAUAUUAAUGAGGCUGUUGGCGCAUUGACGAGGAGCAUGAUCAAGCACGCCGUACCCCACGAGAAAGACAGCCUCACCCUCAACGACAAACAAGGCAAGAGCUUCGCCGCAAAGUGCUGCAACAAGUAAAAGGGGAACGUCUGCACGGAUGUGCACAGCCUACAAACUACAAAGCUGUUCCAUGAACAUCAACACUCUUUUCCUCUUCUGUGCUCGAACAUCAACCUUGCAACGGAUUCAGUUUUUGUCCAGAGUGAGCUCAGGAGCUGUGGUGACGAAUAAGAGGGAAUUGUUCUUUCAAAGAACGUACACCUCGGACAAAUGCAUGUUGUGUAAAUCGAAAACUCAUGAUGAAUUAUACCAAAAAGAAAGAAAGGUUAUUCUACCUUUUCUUAAACCGAUUGCUAUUGCCAUAUGUAAGGUAUGAUACUACGCUGCUAAACUAUUUCCGUUUCCUGGUAACAAAACAGUGACGGACCUGUGCCUUUCAGCAGUGAUAGUUUUCGACGACAUGUCCUAUUUUUGAAUUUUUGGAGAACGUUUUCGGAUCAACCGAGAUCGGGGUCAGACCUGUGGUGUUUACACCGAUUUUGGAGACAACGAGCUUCAGUGAUGCGUUGUCGCCAGUCCGCUGGCGCUAAAAAUCCUUUGCGAGUUUUCGGAGUUGAAGAAGAAUACAACUUUAUAGUCCUCAGCAUGCAAAACAACAGUGACGACAAGUGACGCUUGGUAAUGUCACCGAUGAAAUGAUUCGCGAAAGUGAGUAAUGGCUGGUGUUCUUGUCACAGAAAUCCUGCUAGCCCUUCGACGGCCACUAUCCAGGCUUUCUUUGUUUUAUUGUUGCGCAAGAAAAUUGCGCCUUGCAUGCCGUUAUGCAGCUAGUCUGAAGCUUGUGUGCAUCUAUUAUGUUCAAGUUAAGCCUUCAUAGCGCACAGUGACAGUGCACUGUUUGUUGCCAUCUUUUAGUCAUGUGUGUUCUGGUCUCUAGCUUGUCCAUUUGGCACUUUGCAUGUAGUGCUUCUUAGCCGAGACUUCUCGGUCAGGGGUCUGUUUCAUUUUUUGUUAUCUUUUCUGUCUAGUCAAUCUUAGCAUACAAUAAUUUACGCAAUAAUGUUUUGUCGUUGGAGCAGAAAGUAAUGCGACCAGGGGAACCACAGUUUGCCAGGCAUGUUGGAUGGUCCAGCACCUCCGCUCCAUCGCUUUAAGAAUUAGGGCAACGUUUGAGUCUUUCUGGUACUUUGUCAGUAUUUACAGCUUCCUCAUUUUCAUUCUGCUUGCUAAGUAAUAAUGUUGCUAAGCAAUCUAAUUUAAAUUCAAGAGCUAUGUCCAGCAACUGUCUGCUAAUAUUUAGCAUAACUUCCCGGGGGCGCGUGAUCAAAUUCCGGCCGCGGGGGUCGCAUUUCGACGGGGGGCGAGAUGCAAAAAUACCCUUGUACAAUGCAUUGGGUGCACGGUAAAGAAACCCAGGUAGCCAAAUUAACCCGGGGUCUGCCACUACGGCGUGCCUCAUAAUCAUAUCUUGUUUCUGGCACGUAAAAAAAUAACAUUACUGGUUACCUGUCAUACAGUUUAGGUUUCAGAAACCAUCGAAUGUGUGACCUAGCUACAACGUGUUAAAGCCGCAAAACAAUUUCAUAAAUUCAAUUCGGCACUCGAAAUUGGCCACUUAAGGAUCACAGAGCUAAAAGCGGAAGAGUUUAAAAACGAACAAGCUAGAAAUUAUUAAAAGAAAACAUGAAAGUCUGGAGCAUGUUUGGGCGUUUACACGUUGUGCUCCGUUAUCGUCGCACCGGCACCGCGAUCGUUCCAAGCAGUCAUAUUGAUGUCUGCCCGACUGAAAUGUCUUUCGUAUUUCUUCCUGAAGUUUUUUAGGCCCAACUUGCCGAAAAAUGGCUUUGAGUGUGAGGUACAGUCCCGUGUAAUGAGAAAGGGAACACAGGAGUACCAUUUAAACCAACACGAGAACCCUUAGGCUAAGUUCUAAGCUCCAAUAUGACGAAGUAUUGCCAACCCAGAAGCUUUGCUCUUAAUGCGUGAUCAGCUGGCAAGAGCACCUGCUUACCGGCUCCCCUACUGUAGCUGAAUAGCUAAGUUGGUUGCCCUAAUCGAGACGCCGAAGCAGGAAACACGUGGUAUGACAUUACGUCUGAUAUGACGUAUGAUGAAUCUGAAAGAUGUCUGCUUCUACAGUUGGUAUCUGUUGUAACAUUUGGGACAUCUAUUGCAACUUGUUAGAGCUGUUGUUUGGUGGAGUCUGAAAGUGCUCGUGCCCUUAGAGUUCAUUGGUAUAUGAAGGGACUUGGUGAGAAUGUUUCAACGCUAUUGCUGGUACGACUGUUUCAGUUCGGAAAAUAUAUGCUUCUAUUGCUAUAUUCUGUUGGUACCUGACGGAACCUGAUGGACACUUCUAAAGACGUGAUUGUCUAUAUAGGAAUGUAUGUCUUAAAGAUAGCUGUAUCUACUGGUGGAACCUGUAUAUGGUUAUGGAAACUUCAGAUGCGGUUGUUUGUAGGACUAGCCGUACUAUGGAUAGCACGCUUAGUCCUACCAUGUGUCUUUUGGUUUACGAUGUCGGCAGCACGUCUUAGUUUGAAUAUUCAGUGCCCUGGAGUACUACUAUGGUCGACAAUAUAUGUAGUCAUCGGACCCUUUGAAUGCAAGCCAACUGUUCUCUGCAACACUACUCGACGACGAGCUAACACAUUUGGGCUAGUUGAUUUUCUCGAAGCCACCGCAUCUCUACGUUUCUGAAAAUGCAUCAGCCAACUUGCACUCUAACGAGAGCAAAAGCCUUGUGCUGUUCCCUUCCUAUGCGUUGUUGCUUUCGACAAGCGCUUAUUGCACGGUGCAUAAUCUCCUGUACAGCCUGUCUUGAUCUUUUAAAUUAUUUCCCUUCCCUCGUGUUGAAUGCCUGCGCCACCCGUGUGCCACUGUUUCGCGCAUGCGUUAACCGAGCGCUAACGCCAGAGGCUGUGCAAAAGUUUCGGAAACGGUAACGACAAGGGACCAUAUGUGAUUCUACUUUCCUAAAUACUCGUUUGUGGAUGUUGUUGGUUUAUUUUGCUGUUGUGUGUUGUUCUCGAUAAUUUGUUCACUGUGUACAUUCAAGCUAUAGUUCACCAUGUUGCCUCUUGGAAAAGCUUAACCGCGUGGUUCGAAAACCGCGUGCUUUUCUUGCGAUCAGCGCUGUACAGUUCAAAAAUGCUUUCGCCUGAAAACUCGCGCCUUCAUUCAAAUAAUGAAAUAAAGUACAGGCUACUGUC